CCGAAGUCGCUCGAGUUUCAUCGUUGGUUGUUUCAUUUGUGGGAAGCCAUUACCCUCGUCCGCGCUAAAGCAUCGUGCCAUAUUCCCACACGCGUCCGCUAAAGUAACAACAAUUCACGUAGUUAUAAGUGAAAUAUUAUGAGAGUGAAAGCCGAAAUGGACGACGACGAAAAGGGAAAAUUAUUUGUUGGCGGCUUAUCCUGGGAGACAACGCAAGAAAAUCUACAGCGUUACUUCAGCCGUUAUGGCGAAGUUAUUGACUGCGUGGUUAUGAAGAACUCUGAGUCUGGACGAAGCCGUGGCUUUGGCUUUGUCACGUUCAGUGAUCCUGCUAAUGUGGGACUUGUUCUUCAGAACGGACCACAUCAGUUGGAUGGCCGUACGAUCGAUCCAAAACCAUGCAAUCCACGCACCCUGCAGAAGCCAAAACGCAGCGGUGGCUUUCCAAAAGUCUUUCUCGGUGGCCUGCCCAGCAACGUAACCGAGACUGACCUUCGACAAUUUUUCGCCCGCUUCGGCAAGGUCAUGGAAGUCGUUAUAAUGUACGACCAGGAGAAAAAGAAAUCCAGAGGAUUUGGCUUUCUCAGCUUCGAAGAUGAAGACGCUGUGGACCGAUGUGUAUCCGAGCAUUUCGUCAACCUAGCCGGCAAACAGGUUGAGAUAAAGCGUGCUGAACCACGUGACUCGUCCAGCAAGAUGAAUGACAGUCAUCAGGGCCAAUGGGGUCCACCACAGCAGGGUGGGCCACCGAUGGGAAUGGCUGGUAACAUGGGUCCCAUGGGUGGGCCCAAUGGUCAGAUGGGUGGACCAAUGAUGGGUGGACCAAUGGGACCACCUGGCAACAUGAUGCAGCAGUAUCAGGGCUGGGGAACAAGUCCCCAGACUGGUGGUUACGCUGGCUACAGCACCCAGUACAAUGCUCAAGGCUGGGGUGCACCACCUGGACCACCCCAGCAGCAGCAGAUCCCUCCACCCCCACCUCACCAAUGGGGCAGCAACUACAGCGUUCAACCAGCAGCUGCCACUCAGGGAUACGGAAGCUACGGUGGGCCGGCGGCGGCCGCUUCAGGGGGUUACGGGCCCACAGCUGGCACUGGCGGGGCUGCGGGGGGUGGUCCGGGUGGUUCCUGGAACUCCUGGAAUAUGCCACAAAAUGGCCCACCGCACGGAACCCAACCCCCACCCCAGCCCCCUCAGCCCAACUCCUCGCAGCCCAACUCCAACUCGAACCCCUCUGGCCCGCAGGGUGAUAUGUAUUCAAGGCAAACGACAGGCUCUGGUGCGCCAGGAUCAAGCAGCAGUUCAGCUAAGACACCUGAUUACAGUGGUUAUACUGGUUACACUGGGAGUUUUGCUGAUACUAAUUAUCCACAACGUUCUUAUCAGGGUGCUGAUAGCAACCAAGGCGGCCAGCGUUAUGGAUCCUCGAAUCACACCAUCAUCCCGAUUAUAUCGUCGACCAACGACAGCUACGCUGGUGGACCCCAGCGGGGGUACUCAACUUCAUCGAAUAACUCCAGCAAGUAUCAUCCGUACAAUCGUUAAGGCUCGAAGCUGCAUUGAGAAGCAAAGGAACAGAAAAGAGAACAAAAUAUUUCUAUAUUUUUGAAGGAGGAAGUCAAAUAACUGGAGGAAUAUUACUCCAAGGGGUUCUGAUGCCUCCUGCAUUCACGAACAAAUUCAUAAUUCAUCUCGUUAAAAUUAAUUAUUAAAAUACUGUUGAUGAAGCCAAGUAUUACUACGUAAUGCAAACUGGGUGGUUGUCCCAGUGUCACUUCCACUAGCUCCUACGUUUUUUUACAUUUCAGUUUUCUCGUUGCAGUUUUCAUGGGAAAAUAAAUCAGUGAAUUGGGUAACGUAAAUUCCAAUUCAUUUCAUUUCAUUCGAUACGUUCAUUAAUGUUGUGAAAGGGUAAAAUCGGAUGAGUUGUUUUUCGCUGGAUAUUGAAGGGAGAUAGAGAAAUUUUGAUGUUUACAUUGUUUUAUAGGUUUAGUUUCGAUCGGAAAAAAAGUGCAUAAACAAAUUUAUGUCGUUUUAUCCAUUCACAAUAUCAACGAAAAUAUCAUUGUACAAGGACGAACAUAUAUCAGUGAAUUGGUAAACAUCCACUUCAUUUCAUUUCAUUCGAUAUUUUCAUUGAUUUUGCGAAAGGGUAAAAUCGGGUAAGUUUUUUUUGCUGGAUAUUGAAGGGAGAUAGUGAAAUUUUGGUGUAUACCUUGUGUUCUUGGUUUAAUUUCGCUCUGCAAAAAAAUUUCUGUCGUUUUAUCCAUUGACAAAAUCAACGAAAAUAUCAAUACAAAGACGAACAUAAAUCAGUGAAUUGGUGAACGUAAAAGUCCAAUUCAUUUGAUUUUAUUGGCUAUUUUCAUUGAUUUUGUGAAAGGGCACAAUCACAUGAGUUGAUUUAUUGUUGAAUAUUGGAGGCAGGUAGAGGGUUUUCAAUGUAUAGCUUUCCUCUCAGCUAUCGUUUCAAUAUUUAACAAAAACCAAACUCAUGAGUUUUUACCCUUUCGCAAAAUCAACAAAAAUAUUGAUAUACAAAAACAAAUAUAAAUCAGUGAAAUGGUGAACAUCCACUUCAUUUCAUUUCAUUCGAUAUAUUCAUUGAUUUUGUGAAAGGGUAACAUCAAAUGAGUUAAUUUAUCGCUGAAUAUUGGGGGAAGAUAGCGAAUUUCCGAUGCAUCCUUUUUUUUGCAGCUUUUGUUUUGCUCUAAAAAAAUUCUGCAUGAAAAUUUUGCUAUCUCCAUCCAAUAUCCAGCGAAAACGAAACUCAUGCUGGCCUACCCUUUCACAAAAUCAAUGAAAAUAUGAACAUACAGAUACAAACACAAAUCGGCGAAUUGGAGAAGAUAAAAGUAAAAUUCAUUUUAUUGCAUUCGAGAUUGCCGUUCGUUUUGUGAAAUGAUAAAAUCAGAUGAGUGUGUUUUUUGCUGAAUACCUUUUUCAUAGCUUUCCUUUCGCUCUAAAAAACUGAAUGCCAGUUUGGCUAUCUCCUCUGGAUCAGGAGCUAUAUAUUCAUCAAACAAUGAAUCUAAAAAUGACCCAGGGAUGUUUGGAAAUCCUAAAUUGAAAUUAAUGUUAACAAAAUGUAAAAAAUUUAAUCGUUCUAUUGGAUUUGAUCAAUUCGUUGGAAUUAAUUCCCAUGAAUUCUGCAGAAUUACGAGCAUAAUAAAUAUUAUAUGACUCUCUCCUCGAAAUGUCGUUAGAUACGACAUUAAACUCGGAGAUGACGAUGGAUUGAACCUACGUAGUAAAUGUUACGUACGACGUAAGUGAAUUCAAUCACACUCGUCAUACUCUCGAAAAUCAAUCUCGUCCCACAUGAUGACGAGAACUUCAAGAAUAAAUACAAUUGAACUAUUACCCAUAUUUUUGUUAUACGAGAGAAGAGCCAAGUGGGCGUUUAUUUUAUAGGAUUGGAUCGGAGAGGCGAAAAUAACUACGAAUUAAUAAAUCUUCACAUUUUUAAUAACA